AUGAGCACAGCUACAAUCAGUCGUGUAGCAGCUGCACGAAAGAACCAGUCCAAAGAUCAGAAACCCAAGAUCGCUCCACCCACAGCCACCUUCUCGGAUCUUGGUGUCGAUGGUUCCUUGUGCGAGCUAUUGAAAUCGAUGCAGAUCAAACGUCCUUCAGAGAUCCAACGUGCUUGUAUUCCCGCAACAUUAGCAGGUCGUGAUAUUAUCGGUGGUGCCAAAACAGGUUCUGGCAAGACUGCAGCCUUUGCGUUACCUAUUCUACAAAAGCUAUCUGAAGAUCCCUAUGGUGUGUUUGCCAUUGUGUUGACACCUACCAGAGAAUUGGCUUUCCAGAUUGCAGAGCAAUUCCGUGUGUUGGGUAAAAGCCUUGGAUUGAAGGAUUGUAUUGUGGUGGGUGGUAUGGAUAUGGUUGAACAAGCGAUCCAAUUAUCCAAGCGACCCCAUGUCAUUAUUGCCACGCCGGGCCGUCUCCAUGAUCAUAUUCGAAGCAGUGCUGAUGCUGUACAUCUUUCACGUGUGCGUUUCUUGGUGAUGGAUGAAGCCGAUCGUCUUUUGGAACCAUGCUUUGCACCUGCAUUACAAGCCAUUCUCUCGCUUUUGCCAAAGAAACGCCAAACAUUGUUGUAUACCGCUACCAUGACAAAUGAAAUCCUUGCUUUGCAACAUCAAGAAAAACGACCCUUCACUUAUCUAUGCGACAUGUCAGUCUCAACAGUGCCUACGCUUGAACAGCAAUACCUCUUUGUUCCAUCCCAAGUACGACAUGUCUAUCUCGCUCAUCUUUUACGAUCGGAUGAUUUCAAAGACAAAUCCAUUAUCAUCUUUUGUGGUCGAUGUGAUCAAGCACAGCUACUCACCGUCAUGUUGAUUGAACUUGGUAUCGAUUGCACUGGUUUGCAUUCCCACAUGACACAGCAACAGCGUCUCAAUUCGCUGGGUCGAUUUAGAGCUGAAGUUGUCAAGAUCCUUAUUUCCACAGACGUCGGCAGUCGUGGUUUGGAUAUUCCAUCCGUUGAAGUUGUUAUCAAUUACCACAUCCCUCGCGAUCCUACAGACUACAUUCACAGAGUGGGUCGUACUGCAAGAGCUGGAAGAGGUGGUCGUGCCCUGUCAAUCGUCUCUGAAAAGGACAUUCAGCUGAUUCAAAGUAUCGAGGAGCGGAUAAACAAACAAUUGGAGGAAUACAAGGUUGAUGAGAAUGCUGUGCUAAAAGAAUUGACCGAAGUAUCUACCGCCAAGCGAGUAGCAAGCAUGCGUAUCAUCGAUAUUGAGAAAAGAUCCAAAAAGAGGAGGAAGACCAACAAGGAAUCAAGAUCAUGA